AUGGGGCUUUUCGUAAGGUUCGACACCGAAGGGGAGAUUGUUAUGAAUGGAGAUUUAGUUGUGAGGAAAACGCCUCAGAUCAGUUUCGCAUACUAUGAUCGAGAACAGAAUCAAUAUUCCCGAGCACAGAAUCGCGGAUAUGACUAUAAUGAAGUGAAGGCCCUUCGCCGUUCUCCACUUCAUGAGGAGGCGUCUCACGAAAGCAUUGGUAACAAGGGGAUCGUUUUGGAAGCAAAGAGAGAAAGAGACCAGCAAACUGAGGACGUUAAAUUUAAUGGUAAAGGGACUUCCAAAAACACUGUGGAACGAGUGGGCACAUUUUGCUUGGGCUACUUCCGCAAGACAAUGCAAGAGAUCGACGACGAGUUCCGCAGACAAGAAGCCGCAUGGAAAAUUACCGAAGAGUAUCGCAAGUUCGUAGAUCUCAUCCAGGAUUUGAAAUGUCGAACCAAUUCUAGCAUUCGAAAUGUGGUGGCGAUGGGAUGUGGAAGCCUUCAUAACAAUGUGGUAGAGGAUCCUGCUACUGACACCUGGAUGAGCUCUUGCUCAGCCCGGGACUUAGCGAGAUCCCUCACUAUAGCGGAAAUCCUUGGAGAUGAGGGAAAGCCAUUACCCUGCGUAAUUCAAGACCCGUCUUACUCGGCUUUGGAAACGGAAUACCUCAAGUCGCUGGGUUUAGAAGUCGUGCUAGAUCCCGAUAUCUUCGCGAAGAUAGAAACAGAAUCGCUGGUAUAUUUCAGAGGCACCUACUUAUCUUUGGCAUGGUGGACUAGUGACGGUCUAUGGCCCAGAGCAAUGGUUACCGAAGACUGGAGUAAUAGAGAAAUCGCAGAUUCAAAGCAUUAUCCAUCAAGAGAGUUACCAUUUCCAAUACAUUGGUACAAAGAGGUCACGGAAAUGUUCAAGCAAUAUGACAAGAAACGAAUCCCCAUGGAUAGAUUUCCUGUGAAUGAUUCCGGUCUCUCCGACGUCUACAAUUGUUUCCUGUGGUGGUUGAAGGAGGAGGUUACUGUCAGUGGAGAUUCUCAAGGUGCCUAA